AUGUCAUAUUACUUCACAAUUCUCUCCCCAACCGAUGUCCCGCUCUUCAGCCAUUCCUUCGGUACCUCCAAGGCGGGCGGAGAUGGCGUUGCCCGCUUCUACUUCCCAGACAAUGCCCCGUACAUGAACCAAUUCAUCGUUCACGCCAGUCUAGAUAUAGUCGAGGAACUACAAUGGUCGAACGGCGCCAUGUACCUAAAACACAUAGACACCUACCCCCCAACCUCAGCAUACAUCUCCGCCUUCCUCACCGGCUCAGGCGCCCGCUUCCUCCUCCUCCACCAACCUCCCCAGGCCUCCUCCGCAACGGCAGCGGGAAGCACAUCCAGUCCCCUGUCAGCCUCCGCAACACCUACAACGUCAUCCCGCGCCACCUCGUCAUCGAUAGCAAAUAACCCCACAUCGCCACAGACGGAAGAGGCUAUCCGUCAGUUCAUGAAUGAGGUGUACGAGAAUUGGGUGAAGGCGGUGAUGAGUCCGUUUUAUAGACGGGGGAUGGAGAUUACUAGUCCGGUUUUUAGGGGGAAGGUGGCUGCGGCGGGGAGGAAGUGGUUGUGA